GAGUAGCGUAUGGAUAAUGUAUACAUGUGUAUACCAAUUUGAUGUUAAUGCUUGAAUGGACUAAACAACAUCAAUAGGUAUUCCGGAUUUAACAAAAACGAAAUUAUUUCAUCUACGGGAAAGCGAAACAGGAACAAGAAAUAACACAGCAGCUAUACCCAGCAGACGUGAAACAGUGACUUAACUGAGGGUCAAUGACAAAAGGUCCAGAGCCUCUCGGGAAUCAUUCUUCAGAGUAUCUAAAGGUCCAGAACAUCUCGGGAAUCAUCCAUCAGAGUAUCUAAAGGUCCAGAACCUCUCGGGAAUCAUCAAUCAGAGUAUCAAAAGGUCCAGAACGUCUCGGGAAUCAUCCAUCAGAGUAUCAAACAGUUCAGAACCUCUCGGGAAUCAUCCAUCAGAGUAUUAAAAGAACUAUAUCAGAGCAUGUCCAGACCACUCAAUGCUGUGUACAGUUUACAAUUCUCGACAAAAAUUCCAUUCGAUUUCCAUCAUGGGAUGUCUGAGGUUCAAAAAAUAGUAACUUUACCAAAUGACAGUGUGGUAGCAUUGGACCGAGCCAACAGGAAACUGAAGCUGUUUAGCGCUGACUUGCAGUUUUUACAUUAUGUUGACGUCGGAGUAGCCCCUGCGGGUUUGACUGUGGUAAGUAAUUCUACUGUGGCAGUGUCUUCUGGGGAUAUCAAAAACCACCUUACUCUUUAUAAGACAGAGGACAAUGCACUCUAUCAGGUUAAAGUCAUAGAAUGGGAGCACGAGAACUAUGCCGUAUGUGAUAUUACCUACACAGAUCGUCAUUUUGUGUGCCUGACCUCAAAAUAUCAAAACACUGGAGAAAGUGAAAUAUCUGUGGAACGGAUUGAUAUGGAUGGGAAAAGAAAUACUGUUUUUACAGAAAAGGGAAAUGCUCAUUUAGGAUAUAAUCUGAUGUCUGGUAAUGAUGGUUGUUUCUAUAUAUGUGACUGCUAUAAGAAUAAGGUCAGAUGCAUGUCUUCCGAAGGAAAACUUUUAUGGGAAGUGGAAACAUCUAGAGGACCUCUCGGGAUAGCUAUGGUGGCGGGAAGCAUCCUCGUGUCAUCCUUUGCUGAGGGUUUGGUUUGCCAAAUAACACCAGAGAGACAAAUGUGCAGUUCUCCUGUGAUAAAAGAUUUAACCAAGCCCGGCAGUAUAUGUUAUCAAAAGAAGAGGAAGAGACUUUUAGUGUCAAGAUCUGAUACAGGCAACCCAAUCAGAGUGUAUACGAUCGGUUGAUUCGUGUUCUGUUGAUUUUCAUAUGUAUACAUAUAUAUCUAGGAAAAAAUGUUCGUGUCCAUGUUGAGUUGUAUAUAUUUAUAUGACACGAGGACGUGUGAUCAAUACAACGUGCAAUAAAUGUUUGAUAAGAGAUGUGUCUGAGUCGCAUAUUGCAUACGUACUUAUUUUGGGAAACUCUGAUUUAAGGACCGCAAUUACCUGUAUAUUGCCCGCUCCGUUAGAUUGUCCACACAAGCCAAGAUAAUGAUUUUUAUAAUUUGAAAUCUACAUAAUAAUUAAUAAGUAAAAUUCACGUUCAGGUUAAACCCUCGCUGUGUGUGUUUAGCUCUCACAGUUGAAUCUACAAGGCAUAACCAUUUUGUAAACGCCCGUCAAAAUUAUUGGAUCAUCAGCCCUUAAAUCCGACCGCUAUUUUUGCAGAGUUUAUUGCUGUCACAAGCUUAUCUCUGUAGAUCUUUACCCUCAGCUAUCUACCAAUUUCCUUAAAACUUUGUACACCUUGCUAUGGCAUGCAAAUGUAGUGACUCUAAGACAUCUUAAUUAGACAAUCCAUCUUCCUUUUCAAUAUUUGUAUUCACUUGAUACAGUAAUACAUUUCUUUUUGUCAUUGGACGGACGUAUACCGUUCUGCCCCGCGGUACGUAAUCCUGUCAGAGUGUACUGUAAUAACUAUUAAGGAAUCGGCGCACCAAACUCAUCUUUUAUAAACACAGAAAGUGAAGUAAGAACAACAUGAUUUGUUGAUGUGCUUUCCGACCCAAAAACGCUACAAUAAGACAAAAUGUAUACAUUUUAACCAUAUAUGUCUUCAUAUCCGGGAUAAAACAUGUCUAUCGCCUAAAGAUAUUAUCUUUUGGAAAUUGGUCGCUUAUGUGAAUUACCGGCACCAUAAUAAAUCGACUGAU